AUGGACGAGAGCGUCGCUGCACUGAUCGCGCGGCUGGCCGAUGCCAAUCUGUAUACUUCAGAGAAAGAUGCAGACAUGGCUGAUCGAUUCUCCCAGGAGCUUUUAGCGAUUCAAUCCAUCUACGGCGAAGACGAGCUCGAGCUGCAAGAGUCGCCGGACGAUGCUUCAAACCAGGACACGCGUCUCUUGCUGCGUGUGUCGCUGCCCAUGAGUGAUGCUAAAGUAGUUGUUCGCAUUCUCAUUCAACUGCCGCCAGGAUACCCCGAUGCAGACGUGCCCCCGAAAUUCAAGCUGCUGAACAAGUAUAUUGGUCGCUUCGGUGCCGAUGCAUCCGUGCAACAAUUUGUCGCUGCUGUAUUCCAGACGGAGAGCGAAAACGAAGUGGAAUGGACUGUGACGACGACGGCGAAACGGCAGCCGGUGGGCGCCUCGCACACCUCUUAUCGCUUCUGGUACGUGCACCACGGUAACCACCAGGAUCUCGAGAAUGUUUUAGUCGUUGUCACGCGCUGGUACGGAGGCGUGCUGCUCGGCCCCGACCGAUUUAAACACAUUAACCGAGCUGCACGCGACGCGCUGACGCGUGCAGGAUUGGUCGAUGCACCCGCAGGUGCGAAUUCACGCGUCGCGAAGCGCUAG